AGUACCCCAAUGCUUAGCUUGUUGCUGAAUAGGAACGUCAAUUCAGCUAAGGAACUUUCUUGCGAUUUUUCUCGUAGAGCUGCAGAUUGUGUUUGGGGCUCUACAGAAGCUACGAAUGGUAAUGAAGAUACAGAAAUAGCCGAGAAUCAAUGGACAGUUGGACAUGGCCCUUUGAAUCAGGAGAAGUUCUAUUCGCUUACAGGUCUUAAUGACAUGCCAGCGCCGAAUCGUCCUUUAGAUGGUGAAUUUGCGGUAGCACGAAUGGAGACCGGAGGUUCUACAAUGCUGUUGUCUGAAGUUAUUCGCUGCGUUCUCGACGAAGUCAGCAUUCAAUUCAAGCUUUGGCUCACUGGAACUGCUAAACUGCAAGUGUGUCUCGUUGAUGAAUCGACGCCAUCGUUGCUAGACUGUCAACCUGCUACAGCAGGUCCUGUGGUGGUGGAUCUUCCUAGAAUUGAAAGGCCGUUCCGAAUUGCACUACGAGCAGAAUCACCUGAUCAGGGAAUGGUAAUCGUUGACGACAUCAAAGUUCAGGUUAGUGCUGCUUCAGCUAUUGGCUUGGAACGAGCUUCUUAG